GGCCGAGCGAGCGGUGCGGGUCGGUGGAUGCGGUGCCCGGGCGCGGGCUGACAAAGGGUUGGGCAGCGGCUGUCCCGGCGGGCGAGCGGGCGGCGAGGGUUCGAUGGCAGGCCCACAGGAGGGAAAAUCUUCUGAAGCAAGGAAACAUAAAGGCAUCUCAAAUGGAGCUGGAGCUUCUCAAGGUCAAUGGGGGAGAGCAUGGGAAGUCGACUGUUUUUCCUUGGCAGCAGUCAUUAUCCUGCUCUUGUUCGCACCACUCAUAGUCUAUUAUUUUAUAAUGUCAUGUGAUCAGCAUGAUUGCUCCCUGACUGAGCCAGUCAUUGAUUUGUUUGGGGGAAAUACCUACCUCUCUGACAUCUGGGACAAGACUCCUUCACUGAGCUGGAAAGCUGCUACCAUCUAUAUACUCUGGGUCACUUUCCAGGUGAUUUUAUAUACCCUGAUACCUGAUUUCUGCCAUAAGUUUCUGCCUGGAUAUGUAGGAGGAAUACAAGAAGGUGCUGUAACUCCUGCUGGUAUAGUAAAUAAAUAUGAAAUCAAUGGGCUUCAGGCUUGGAUCAUUACCCAUGCUCUCUGGUUUGCAAAUUCUUACUACUUCCACUGGUUCACACCUACAAUCAUUUUUGACAACUGGAUUCCUCUCCUGUGGUGUGCAAACAUACUGGGAUAUGUAGUUUCCACAUUUGCGAUGAUUAAAGCCCACCUUUUCCCCACUAAUGCUAAAGAUUGUAAAUUCACUGGCAACUAUUUUUACGACUAUAUGAUGGGAAUUGAAUUCAACCCUCGCAUAGGCAAGUGGUUUGACUUCAAGCUGUUCUUCAAUGGCCGUCCCGGUAUUGUAGCCUGGACCCUAAUUAACCUCUCCUAUGCUGCCAAGCAACAGGAACUAUAUGGCCAAGUGACCAACUCCAUGAUCCUUGUCAAUGUCUUGCAGGGAAUUUAUGUGUUGGACUUCUUCUGGAAUGAAGCCUGGUAUUUGAAGACUAUUGACAUCUGCCAUGAUCAUUUUGGAUGGUACCUGGGUUGGGGAGACUGUGUCUGGCUGCCUUACCUCUAUACUUUGCAGGGUUUAUAUCUAGUAUACCACCCUAUACAGCUGACAACAGCUAAUGCAGUAGGAAUCCUGCUGUUGGGCCUUGUUGGUUACUAUAUCUUUAGGAUGACCAACCACCAGAAAGAUCUCUUCCGUCGGACAGAUGGCAACUGCAAAAUCUGGGGUAAGAAACCGGAAUACAUUGAAUGUUCAUACACAUCAGCGAAUGGGAGCAAGUACUACAGUAAGCUGCUGACUUCAGGAUUUUGGGGAGUGGCACGACAUUUUAAUUACACUGGUGACUUGAUGGGCUCCCUAGCAUACUGCCUGACAUGUGGCUUUGAACACGUUCUGCCUUACUUCUACAUAAUUUACAUUACCAUUCUGCUGGUCCAUCGCUGCAUUAGGGAUGAACACCGUUGUUCCAGCAAAUAUGGGAAGGACUGGAAGCGCUACACUGCUGCAGUGCCUUACCGGCUAAUACCAGGAAUAUUUUAAGAAGAACACAGAAUUCCACAGCUCAAAAUGUCUCUUUGGGAAUGGGAAAAUAUAAGAUACAGGUUCUGCUUGAUACCAGCAAAGACUACAUUCCAUAGAAAAUUUGGGAUGCUUUUUGGGGAGGAAAUAAGUGUGGUUUGAACAUUUAUUUUUUCUCUAAUAGAAGAUGUUACCAGUAGCAAUUUUGAGCACUGUAUUGCAUAAAUGGUCUGAUAGCUAAUAUUUCUUCUGUAAAGGUCUGACUUGUUACCUUUUUUCUCCAAUAAUUUGUAAAUAAAUAUUGAGAGACCUUUCUUUUAUAAUUUUUCUAGCACUAGAAGAAGAGUUCUAAGUAGUAUAGGAGUGAGGCUCCAGAAUCUAUUUCCAAUAUUCUCUUGCUUUUGCUACUCUUAAUUACCUUUUUUUAGGAUGGAACUUGAUUAUACUAUUAAAGAAAUCUAUAUAAUGUGACAACAGGAGACUGGAGUCCGUGACCUUUGAGGCUACUUCCAGUCUUGAGUUCCAUGUUGCUGUGGAUCAGCAGUGCUCAGCCCGCUGCCUCCAGGCCAGAUUCAGCCCCCACAGUCAAGUAGUUUGACCUGCCCGGCUCCCCAUAGGUCCCUGGUGAGCCCUGCAGGCCAUGGCCAUGAGCGCUAGAUCAAGCACACAAGGUCGACAUAGGGUCCCAAUCUGGGCAUGAUGGGACUGUGGAUUGGCCCUGCACCACUCUUCUGGCCUACAGAGCCAAAAGGUUGAGUGCCACUGCUUUAGAUGAUGGCUCUUAGGGUAAUACUGAGACAGAUCUGUGACCCCCAGCUGGCUGCCUUAAUCCUGCCCCACUCCAGUGUCUCACCUGCCAUUCCUGAUGUCAGGGUUAUAGUAUGUUGGGACACUUACCCCCAUGAAGGCCUGGCGUGCUUCUACUGGGGCUACCUUUAGCUAGACCCUCUAUCUCUCUCUGGGGCUCCAAACUUCCUGUACACAGCCCUUCUGUGGGGUGCCAACUGCUCCCGACUCUGGUUCUCAGGCACACUGGGCCUGACUCGUCAUAAUCCAUGGCUCUGCAGAUCCUGAUUGCCUUAAAGGCAAUUAUCAUGACCUCCAGCUGCCCCCAUAGCCAUGCUUGCAGAUUUCACUCCGUCAUUUGCCAGACCCUUGAGCCCUACAUUGUUUUCAGCCCAUGGGUCCCUGACCUGCACUGGGCUGUCUCUAGCCUACAAUUACUCAGGCAUGACUCAUACAGCCUGUCAAGUCCCAGACUCACACAAAGCUCUAUCUUGGCCUCAGCCCCUCUCCAUCCCUCAGCUCUGGGGAUCUCUGACCCAUGCCCAGCUGUUGCCUUCAGCCUGUAGCUACUCAGCUUUGGCCCACAGAGCUUACUGCAUCCUAGAUCCAGGUAAGGCUGUAUCUUGGCCUCAGCCUCUCUCUCUCUCUGCUUCUGUCCACUUUGAUCCCUCACCCCCUAUGGGGCUCUAACCUCAAGAGUGCCCCUCCUAGUCUCCAUACCUCCCCAAUAGCCACAACUCUGGUCCUCCAUUCUCACUCCAGCUGAAGCCUGAGGUUUGUUUGUUCUACUUUAGGUUCUCCUCAUUGGUAUCUACAGGUCAAGGUUCCUUCCUCCACUUCUGUCUGUGGGCUGUCUCUGACCUAGGAUUUGCCUCUGGCUGAGGUUUCUCCCCCAUGCUGUCUACUCCCACCUAAGUUUCUAGGCACCAGGCCCACACACUCAGUUCCUUCCUGGGCUACACACAAGACAUGGUGUAGCAGAUUCCUGGGAACUCCCAUCUGCAGGGCUCAGGGCCACACUGACUCCCUGGCUCUGCAAGCAGGCUUAUAUUGCCCCUGACUUCUCCUCUUCCCAGUCACCUGACCCUGCUUCCCUUCCAACAAGGCUCCGGGGCCACUGACUAUGGUUUCCUACUCUGCAGCUGGUGUGCCCCUGCAGUUCUGCCUCAUAGUACUAGAUGCAAGGUCUACCAAGACACGCGCCACUUCAAGGCCCAACAACUUGAUACUGAGGCAAAACAGUGGCAGCGGAGGGAGGAGAAGGAGACCAACCCAGGGCUGCAAAUCCCACUCCUCCAUGCAACAACAUGCCCCCAUUGCCAAAGAAUAUGUGUGUCCAGAAUCAGACUCCUUAGUCACCUGAGGACCCAUCAAGCCUGACGGACGUCAUACUUGAUUCCAAGGGACUGCUGCCGUCAGCUAAGUGCAAGGGUUUCCCAUUAUUCCCUUCACUGGCUUGAUUGAGCAGUCUUUCCUGCAGCCUGCACUUUGUCCUCUCCUGCAUCCAUUAUCCAGUCAACUCCCUCUUAGAAACAGGGGCUAUCCCUGCCCACCCCUGCCAGUUACAAGAUCCUCAAUAGAAGUAUUGGGCAAGAUCCUCAUUUGUUAUACCAGAGGAAGAGCUAGACCAAACUGAUCUAACUCCAUUUGAUGACACCAGUUGAGAACCUGACUUCCUUGGGAUCAUCCACUGACUUCUAGUUUGACUUAAUCCUAAACUUUCUUUGCAGAGUAACUGAAGAGAAGCUUCGUUAUAGGAAAACAUUUUUUUUAGUGCAGAUAGGGGACUUUGUACCUCUCUCACUUGUGUCCAAAGUGGUAACUACAAAGGUUAGGACAAUAAUAGAGGCUGAAUCCUGGAUGUCAAGAUGGAAACAAAGUUUUAUCUGAUCUGACUUUUCUUUUUCCACCUCUUAAUUGUUCAGAUUAGCUCACUACCAAAUAUCUGGUCAGAGCUUUACAAAAAGCGUACAGUCCAAAAUAACAAUGCUAGAUGAAGUGUAGAAGGAUAAAGGUUAUAUAUAAACAGAUAAUCAGAGCGAUAAGCCCUUCCUGUUAAUUACAAGCUUGACAGUUACAUAUUACAUACAAAUGCCCAAUAUUCUCCAUUUAAAUAAGCAAUUAACUUGUACCAUGAAAUUUGGACUGGAAGACAAAUGGGCCUUGUUCUGUUGUCAGACAAAAGAAAACAAAGACAUGUAUCUAUAUGCCUUUCUUACAGAGGCUUCUCAUACUAACUCGAAUAUAAUAGGUUCCAUGUAACUAUUAGUUAUCUGCUUCAAGGUGAGAGACAGUAUUAUUGAUCUUCCUGUUGACACUGUAGGGUUGGUGUUCAUUCAGCUCUGCCAUAGAGAGCUGACUAGCAUGUAGUAGGAUGCAGGCUUCUCCUGUUAGACAUGCUGUAAGGUUUUUCUCCCCUUGCAUUAACUGCUGUGCUGUACAGGGAAAGUGUUCAGUGGAUUAUGGACAAAAAUGAAAUGCAGAGAAAGAUGAUAUAAGCAUAUAAGUAGGACUGCGGGGCAGUGCUCUGUGGGGCAGUGAAGGGUGUAAUGUGAAGAGCUAUGUAGCCAUGACCCUGGAGACGCAAACAGAGAGACACAAUCUUGAGUAAGUAGAUUUGACAGCUGUAGAUUUCUG